UAUAUAUAUUCUCUGCCAAAGAAUAUUGAUCGCAUUGUUCAUAUUGUCAAUACAAUUUUCAAUCAGUUAAGUUCAAAUUCUUAGAGCUCCACUUUUUGUGACACUUAAAUUGUUAUAGCAUGGAAGGCAAAGUUUUCACAGAAGAACAGGAAACACUGGUGGUGAAGUCAUGGGGUUGAUGAAGCAGAAUGCUGCUGAGUUGAGCCUUAAGUUCUUCUUGAAGAUCUUUGAAAUUGCACCAUCAGCUCAGAAGCUGUUCUCUUUCUUGAGGGACUCUGAUAUUCCUCUUGAGAAGAACCCAAAGCUCAAGCCUCAUGCCAUGUCUGUAUUUGUUAUGACUUGUGAAUCUGCAGUUCAACUCAGGAAAGCAGGCAAGGUUACAGUGAGAGAGUCAACCUUGAAAAGAUUAGGUGGUGUCCACUUCAUGUCUGGAGUGGUAGAUGAACAUUAUGAGGUGACCAAGUUCGCAUUGUUGGAAACCAUAAAGGAGGCCUUACCGGAAAUGUGGUCACCGGAGAUGAAGAAUGCAUGGAGAGAAGCUUAUAUGAUCAGUUGGUUACUGCUAUAAAAUCAGAAUGAAGCCUCCCCUUAAUUAGCCACAACUCUCUUUAUAAGUUCUUUUCUUAAUUUGUAACUUAAUAAGUCGGAAAUACUAUCUGCCUCUAUUUGUUUGGUUGUUUGUUCCUAUCUUUUGUUAAUAUCUAAAACACCCUCAAUAUUUUAGUGUCGUUCUAAAUUAGUAUCAAUUUUUUUAGGGUUUUUAUCAUAAGUAGUACCUGAAAUUGACUUUUAGCAUUAAGAUGGUUCCUGAAAAUGAAAUUCAAUAAAUGUAGUCAUUGGAUAUUGAUGUUGCAAA